AUGUUCAUUAUCUUACUUAAAGAAAUCUUCACCAUAUUAAAGUUCCUUCUCGUAAUUGACAUCCUGAGAUUUUAUUUCAAGUAUGUCACUCGACAAAGCCCGUUACCUGGACCAUUCCCUUUACCGUAUAUAGGAAACGCCUUACAAAUUCUUUACAUGAAUUUCAAGGAGGGAAAUUAUCAAUUCGAUCUGGGGGAGUACGCAAGAAUGCAAGUCGAGAAAUACGGACAUAUUUCAGAAGUAUAUCAAGGAAGUACUAGAGUGAUUUACUUAAGUAAAGCGGAAUACUUGGAGAAAGUUUAUGUGCCCAAUUCUAAUUCGAAUUAUUUUGCCAGACCGGAUUUAAACGGUGUGAGUGAAGUGAACGCUGUACACGGUUUAUUUUUUAAUAAUGAUUUUAAAAGUUGGAAGAGGAUUAGAAAAUUCGUUUCCCAAUCUUUAAUGUCACCAAGAUUUAUACGUGAAUUUACGAGCACCAUACAACAAUUGUUUGAAGAGAGUGAACAUGAUUGGAAAAAUAACGACGAAGAGGUCAUUUUUAAUAUAUCAGAAUGGUCCAAAUGCUUUACUACCGAUAUGAAUAUGGCAACUUUAAUGGGACGACAGACUCUUUGUCUGGCGUCACUUAAAUUGGACGAAUCUGAAUGGACAAAUGAAAUGAAAGAUUCCAGGAAAGUGAAAAAGAGUGUCGAAUUAUUCCUUAAAUCUAUAGCUUUUUUCACUUCCUUUCCUAAAUUCCUUAGGCAUCAUUUCCCUAUUUUCAAUUAUUAUCAAAAUUAUUUUAUGAAUAGUUUGAACUUUCUUAAAGAUUUUAUACACGCUAGAAUAAUGGAACGUAGAGAACAAAUCGAUCGAUUGCAAGAGAAUGAAAUGAUUGGAUCUAGUUUAUUGGAUAUUCUCUUAACAACUAAUACGUCUAGGGAUAUGCAUGAUGAUGACUCGGAUCAACCUCUUACCGAUUUAGAAAUUCGUGAUAAGAUCGUAGAUUUAUCAAUUGCUGGAUCUGACUCGUCAUCAAAUUUAUUUAUUCUUGCAUUCUGGAUGAUCCACAUUCAUCCCGAAGUGAAAAUGAUUUUGCGAUCUGCUUAA